AUGUCCUCCGUCAAGAAGCCCAUGCGUCUCCCACCUCUGCGCACCCUCCGCGUCCGCAACCCCAACCAGUCAGAGGGCAACCCUUGCGUGACGAUCAUGUCCUCCGUGCUAGGCUACAACACAGCCGGCUGCGCCGUCGUCGAGCAGGCCCUGCGCCAGUGCAUGGACUCGCCGCCGCCGACGGACAAGCGCAAGAACACCGUCAACUACCACCUGGCGCGGAUGCAGAAGUACAUUGAGCCGAAGAGGAAACACAAGUAG